AUGGCGAGCUCCGCUCCUCCCCGCGCCGCUCCUCCUGCCGCUCCCGCUCCAGCUCCAGCUCCAGGCCUGCCCAUUGCUCCGGUGGCCUACCUUCGACGCUCCGUUGUCUGGGGGCGUAUCCAGAAGGUCGACCCAAAGGCUUGCAAAAGCCAGGGUCUGAAGGAUGCGCUCGUGGAGAAGGCCGCGAGCGCGGCCUGCCGUCAGCUGCUUCGGGACAAGAAGUCCCCUGCCGAGGUGGACGAGGAGUUCUUCCGGUUCUUCGUGGACCGCUUUCUUUGGGCGUUUGGGGUUAAGCCCGCCGAGGCUUUCCCCUGGUUGGGAAUGGAGGUUCCCUCCUCCGGCUUGGUUUGCGCCAAGUAUCGAGAGUACUACAAGUGGAACGCUCCCUUGGAGAUUCCCAGUCUGGCCACGCGCCAGAAGUUGUGGGCUGAGUUAUGCCCCAACAAGCCCCUACUCUCGGGUUUAAGAGAGUUCGAGGUACGGGUAGAGGCCUCGAUCCUGGACCUGGGCGACGACAAAGUCGUUCGGUCCAUUCAGGACAUGCUGCCAGAGGGCGUGGCUGUGGCCAUCGAGCCCCUGGCCAAGGACAAGCCGGGUAACGGCAACAAACUCAUCGUUGGCCUCCGCCAUGAUGCCGAGCUUGUUGGUCGCAUUGGGCGACGCAACAAGCUCAAUCUCCUUCGUCUUUGGAACCAGCUCAUUGGCUGGAAGAGUUUCGUGUCUAGGGACAUCCCUAGCAUGAACUUGGAGCGAUAUCUCGAUCGCGAAAUUGAGAUGGAGCUCUCCUUGCUGAAGGAGCCGGCCUUUGACGAGGAAGGCGAUGAGCGUAUGCAGGAGCUGACCACCAAAGUCAGCGCCCUGGAACUCAAGUCUCAAUAUGAGGCUCGAGUUGUCGAUUCAAUCGGCCCCAUCGUCAAGCCCGACGAGGAGGAGAAGCCCAUGCAGCAUAAGCUGCAAGAGGUCCUGCAGUGGGUUAAUGAUAACCUUGGCCGCCAUGCAGCGGCAUACGCUGGCAGCGUAUCCCCUUGGUCUCGUAUAGGGCGCACGGACGGAAACGAAAAGACUGGGGGGUAG